AUGUUCUGCAUGAUCUACCAGCUGUGUCGGCUGAGGGGAGCAAAGGCGGUGGCGCGCCUGAUGCCUCACGAAGCGGCCGACCUGGAGCCGGUUAUUCACGCCUUGCAGGCUCAGGACACCGACGACUACUCCACGUGGGAGACCCGCUACGGGCUGUUGCUGUGGCUCUCCAUGCUCUCGCUCGUGCCCUUCGACAUCGACACCAUCGACUCCAGCCUUCGGGAUUCUGUGCCACCAGGAGGGGGGGCAAAUGAGGAAGGGGCGGACGGGGCCAAGGGGGUGGUUGCUCCCGUGGCGGGAGUCGGGGAGCGGCAGGCGGACCUAGUCGGGACCAUUCUUGCGCUGGGCAUAAGGCACCUCGGCGAUGCCGGACCGACAAGGGAUGCCGCAGCGGCAUGCCUGAGCAGUCUUCUUACGCGCCCGGACAUGGAGGCAGCUCACCUGCGGCGUUUCUUGGAGUGGUCUGCGUCUGUGCUGGAGCGGGUGACGGCGGAGGGGCGGGCAGGGGAGGAGGGCUUAAGCAAGCUUGCCUUCCUGGUGAUGGGCGUCAUGGCCACCCUGGCUGCCCUCUUCAAGCAGGGGCACAGGGAGAAGCUGAUCGACCUCAUUCCGGUGGUUUUCUACCCCGUGGUUGGCCUGGCGGAGGUGGGGCCGGGGCAGACACUCCUGCGCAAGAUGCUGGUGAAGCUUUUGCAGAGAGUGGGGACGACUUACGUGCCCCCGCGCGUCAUCGCGUGGAGGUACCGCCGUGGACAGCGGUCUCUGCUGCAGGCGGCAAGCGUGGAGGAGAAGCCAUUGGACAGACAGGAAGGGCAGACUGUGGAGACGAACGGGAGCGGAGGUGACGCAGAGGAGAUUUCAACUAAGGGGGUAGGGGUAGCGCGGGACGGGGCUUCGGCUCAGGAGAAGGCGGACGUCAACGAAGUUGACGCUGUUGCAGAGGAGGAAGAUGAGGUAGGCGUCCCCGAGGAGCUGGAGGACAUCGUGGAGGCGCUGCUGUGCGGGCUAAGGGACAGGGACACGGUGGUGCGCUGGUCGGCAGCGAAGGGGAUUGGGAGGAUCACCGAGAGACUCCCGCGGGAGCUAGCGGACGACGUGGUGUGCAGCGUGUUGGACCUGUUCGUGGAGGCGGAGUGGGACGGCGCGUGGCACGGCGGGUGCCUCGCCCUGGCGGAGCUUGCCAGGCGAGGGCUGCUCCUCCCGGAGAGACUGCCGCGGGCCUGCCCCCUGGUGAGGCGUGCUCUGGCCUACGAUGUACGGCGCGGGGCGGGCGGGGUCGGUGCCCACGUCCGAGACGCGGCCUGCUACGUCUGCUGGGCCUUCGCGCGCGCCUACUCUCCGCGGGUGCUCGGGCCCCACCUGCCUGGACUGUGCGACUCGAUGCUGUCUACCGCGCUUUUCGACCGGGAAGUGAACGUUCGUCGAGCGGCGGCGGCGGCGUUGCAGGAAAACGUGGGACGUCAAGGGCAGCAGCAGUCCGGCGAGCACGACGGCAGCGGCUGGAGUGACGGAGGAGGCGGUGGUGUAGCCCACGGGAUAGACAUCAUCACGGCGGCCGAAUACUUUUCCCUGGGCAACAGGCAGCAGGCGUACCUCGACAUCGGCAAGAAUGUUGCCGCCUUCGACAGGUAUCGACACCACAUCGUGGACACCCUGAGGCUAGACAAGCUCAAGCACUGGGACCCGGAGCUGAGGCGACUCUCCGCCCUCGCCCUCGGGAGGAUCGCGCCGCUCGAGCCCGCCUAUGCGGCGGAGACUGUCUUGUCCGCCGCCCUGGGAGACACGCUCUCGCCGGACUUGCUCCGUCGGCACGGCGCUUGCCUAGCGUUGGCGGAGGUCACCCUUUCUCUCGGACAGGUUUCCUAUGCCCUGCCGGCGGAGACCGUAGCGGGGCUGGUGAGUAUCGUCCCCGCCUUGGAGAAGGCGCGGCUGUACCGCGGGAGAGGCGGGGAGCUGAUGCGGCAAGCGGCGUGCAGGCUGGUGGAGUGCCUCGCCCUUGCCAAGUCGGAGGUGUCCAUCAAGUCGCAGCUGCGUCUCCUGGACUCGGUGGAUGAGAGCCUGCGUCACGCGGUGGAGAGCGUCCAGCUGUCGGCGGCGGCGGCCCUCAAGGCCGUGCUUGAAAACUGGUUCCCCGUAGGCCGGGAUGGACCGUCAGAGCGACUGCGGACAAGGACGAUCGGGUUGUACGUGGGUGGGCUGAGGACGCAGGAGAAUGCGGCGGUGGCGAGAGGCUACGCGAUGGCACUGGGGGUGCUGCCCCGGAAGCUUGCGGGCGCUUCGCCCGCAGUUCUGGGAGAAGUCCUUGACGCCUUGAAGGACGCAGCGCUCGGUCGCCACGGUCCUCCCCGCUCCCCGUCACCGGCAACAACCGGCGGUGGUGCCGCCAACGGCACCACUGAGACGAACGGCGGUGGCGACAUCGGAGGACCGGGGGGGGAGCCCGAUGCCGAGACGCGGAGAAACGCGGUCCGGUCCCUGGUGACCCUUUGCGAAGAGGUCGGAGUGGGGAGGCAGCAGCAGCAGCAACAGCAGCAGCAGCAACAGCAGCAGCCGCCGUCGCAAGAGCCAGGAAGCGGCGAGGGACGCCACGACAGCGGUGGGGUUUCCAGUGGUGGAAGCGGUGUUGAUGCUCCGGAAGGGGAGUCCGGGGCGGCGGCGGCGUGGUGUCCGGCGUGGCUUACCCUCGCGGACGUGGAAGGCGUGCUGGCGACGCUCCUGGCGUCGUCGGAGGACUACUCGGUGGACAAGAGGGGUGACGUGGGGUCCUGGUGCAGGGUAGAGGCGCUGGAGGGGAUGGAGAGGCUGCUGAGGCUCGCGGCGAGGGCGUCCAGGGGCUUGCCGCUCGCAAACCGCGAGAGCGGCGGCAAGGAAGAAGACGUUGUCGUCAGCGCUCCCUAG